AAUCGCAGCUCACCCGACUCUUCGCAGCACUUUUUGUGGGGCCUGCUGGGAUUUCCCUCUUUCAUGGCUGCCUUCUAAUAUGGCACGGGGACCCAAGAAGCACCUCAAGCGUUUAAACGCUCCGAAAUCAUGGAUGCUGGACAAGCUCGGUGGAGUUUUUGCUCCCCGGCCCAGCACCGGCCCCCACAAGCUGCGGGAGUCGCUUCCUCUCAUCAUCAUGCUGAGGAACCGGCUCAAGUAUGCUCUCACGGGUGCGGAGGUGAAGAAGAUUGUCAAGCAGAGAUUGAUCAAGGUGGACGGCAAAGUCCGCACAGACACAAACUAUCCUGCUGGCUUCAUGGACGUGGUGACGAUUGAGAAGACUGGGGAGUUCUUCCGGCUGCUGUACGACGUGAAGGGGCGCUUCACCCUGCACCGCAUCACCCCGGAGGAGGCCAAGUACAAGCUGUGCCGGGUGAAGCGGGUACAGGUGGGCCCCAAGGGGGUGCCCUUCCUGACGACCCACGACGCACGCACCAUCCGCUACCCGGACCCUCUCAUCAAGGUGAACGACACCGUCAAGGUGGACCUGGCCACGGGCAAGAUCGACGACUACAUCAAGUUCGACUCUGGCAACGUGUGCAUGGUGACCGGCGGACACAACUUGGGUCGUGUCGGCGUCAUCACCUCUCGGGAGAGGCACCCUGGAUCCUUCGACAUUGUCCACGUCAAGGACUCACAGGGACACUCGUUUGCUACCCGGUUGAACUACAUUUUUGUGAUUGGCAAGAGCACCAAGCCGUACAUCUCGCUGCCCCGAGGCAAGGGCAUCAAGCUGUCCGUGGCCGAGGAGCGGGACCGUCGUCUCCAAGCAAAGUCCCAGCACUGAGCCAAUAAAAGCAAGAGCCAACCAUACCCUCGGAAAA